AUGGGAGGGGGGGAAACUUGUCUCCUGCCAAUAAGCCGGUGCCGUGUCAAUGAUGAUAAUGAUGAGAAUGAUAUGAUGGGCGUGGAGCUGGGAGCAGGACCAAGCAGAAUUAAAUACAUCAAAAGUGAAUGGCUUAAAAACUUAUCCAUGCAUAUGACAUAUCAUAUAUGCAAUUUUGACCGAAUACCCAAUACCCUGAAGGGUCCAACGAAACCAAACCAAACCAAACCAGCCAGCCCUUCAACCUCAAAUCCUUCUUGGCUGUCUGUCGCUAAAAGCCGCUUGGUGUGCACGGUCUUUGUUUGGUCUUUGUUAGGUCUUUGGAGCGAAGAGAUCAUCCACCUUCCCUUAAACCCGAAACCUCCGAAAUCCGACGCUACGGCAAGGGAGUUAAAUAGCGAGCGAUUCCUCGGCUCGUUCGUCGUCCUGGUGGGUGGAACGGUGCCCAGGGGUCAGCGUGGAUUCGGAGGUGAAGGAGGUGAAGGAGGAGGGGAGGCAACGUAUCCCAUGUUCAUGUUUUUGUUCGGCUUAGGAUGCGGGAAUUGUGAUUACUAUCCUGAGCAACGGCUGGCUGCAGAAGAGCAGGCUGGCUGCAGCCAUCCGUGGACUGGGUACGGGGCAGGUAACGAGGGCGGAGAACUGUGGGCGGCGGCAUCGGCAGCGGGCAUACAUCAACCAGUUCGCGGUAUACGGUAUACGGAUCUGUACAUGAACGGGGACGAUAGAUUAUAUUGUGCCGAUGAUGGACGGGCAUAUCACAUGAUUCCGCCCAGACCGGCUCUGCCAAGACCCACAGACCGUCUUGGCAUCGGCGAUGAAAUGCCAAGACAGGCGCCAAGAUCUCCGCCAAGACCGGACUCGUAUUUGGGCGGUUGGUCCGGUAUUGGUAAUGUCGCCGAUUAUUUGCGGUUGCGGUGGAAGAGAGUGCACUUCCCGGCGUGGUAUAUAUACUGUAUACUGCUCUAUGUGCAGCCCAUGAGCCCUCUGGGCUGUGGACGAGCCCCCAGCCCAGCAACCCCCCCGCCAAGCUCUGGGCGUCCUGGGCGAGGGUGGUUCUUGGCGGCCGCGCAGCCAGUCCCGGCGCUCCGCCGCGCCUUUUCUCGUCCUGGGCCAUCUUGGGUGCGCUGGGCUUCCGCUGGGCAAUGUCCCGCCCACAGUGCGCGCUGUUUUCGAUCUCCCAGGCUGAGGCACCCGCGAUAA